CUCUGGCCGGGGGAGAAAGAUAGCAGAAAGCUGUGACAGUGAGACAAGUGCUGCCUGUGACCCAGCGUGGGAGGAAGCAGGGGGGCCCAGAAGGCUGGCCAGCAGUGCUGGAGUGUGGGGAGAGCCUGCGGGACUCUGUCCUGUAGCCACCAAGGGAGGCACAAAGAGUGGGCCAUGGCGUUGCAGAAAUGCCAGAUGCAUGUGCUGGGGCUGCAGCGCUGCCAGGCCGAGCUUCAUGGGUGAGGGUAGCUCAUUGUGACGUCCCCGAGCAAUGGACUGUGACAUCCUGGAACACUGGAUUGUGACCAUGCCUCCCUCACUGCUCAUAUCUGGGUGCUGAGUCUCACCCAGCCAGUUGGUGCCCGCACUCCAGCUGAGCGACUUCGCGAGGUUCGGAGCGUUGAGCGAGGCCUUCGGUGCUGGUGCUGUGCUCAGAGAGUUGUUUGUUGCAGCUUUCAGUGCCCAAGCCCAGAGCCACCAGAGGAUUUUCCCCGACCCUGCCAGGUUCAGGCAGCCGGGGCACUCAGGAGGCGCGCUCGCAGCAGCAGAGCGUGACGCCCACUGCCGCAGCACCCGUGAGAGGGAGCAACUCGACAUCCCCAGCUCCCUGCAACCCACCGCAGCUCGUGGAGAGCAUGGCCAUGGAGAUGGACAACUUCUGUCCAGUCUGCCAGGACAGCUGGGAGGAGGCCAGCUACGUGACACCAUGCCUCCACCGGUUCUGCUACCCCUGCAUCUUGCAGUGGGCUGAAAGCAAGCCCGAGUGCCCCCUCUGCAAGAGGCGGAUCCUCUCCAUCGUGCACUCGGUGCGGGCGGACGACGACUUUGAGGAGCACGUCAUCACACCACCUGCGGUGCCGUCGGUCGCCAGCCGCCAGGCAGGAGAUCCCAGCCGUCCAGCUGCCCACAGCCGCCGUGGCCCUGCAGCAGCACAGGCAGUGCAGCCCGUGGGACUGGUGCAGGGGGCUCCUCUGCGUGGCCUCCGGCCCAGCACCUGGGCAUCCCUUUUCCGGGACCACCCAGCCCUCCUCCAGCCCCUGCUGAGCUGGGCGCGACAGGAGCUGGGGCUGAUCUUUGGGAGCCGGCGUUCGCGGGCAGGCCUAGUGGAGGAGCUCCUCGCAUCCCUCCUGGUCCUUUUUGGGCUGGACGAAGACCUACUGGUCCAGCUUUUGGCAGCCACCCUGGAAAACCACGCAGCGACGUUUGUGCACCAGCUUAUUGACGUCGCUGUGCAAUGGUGCAGCGGGGAGGCCCGCCGCCUGCUGGGCCUGGAGGACGGCCAUGCUGCCGGUGGGCGGGAGGGCAGCCCCGUGGCUGCCCCCAGCCCCUCUGCAUCGCGAGGAGGGUGUCCCGCACCUGGCCCGGCCCCCUCCAGAAGCCCUGAGAGAACCAACAUGGACGACCUCCCCAGCACCUCAACAGCUGCCCUUAGUGGGGGUCCCAGCAGCCCGCCCCUUGGCCCUGGUCCUGUCCACAGGGAGCAAGAAGAGCCCCAGGAGGAGACCGAGGAGGCUGCGGCACAUCCGUCUGCUUCCAGCUGGGACAGAGAACGCUCCCCUGGGCAGCCAAGGCGAGCCCCGAAGAGGAGGGCCGGCAGAUCCGAGGCUUCUACUCCAGCCAAGAAGAGGCCGCCCCACGGGCAGCGCUAGAGGAAUGCCCCAGGCGCUGCUGAAAGCAGGGCUGGGCCAGCAGCUGGGGCGUGCGCUGGCCCUCGAGGAUUCCCGGCCUUCUAAUUCUACUUAGCAGGGCAGUAAAACAAAAUAAAGAACUGAAGACCACAGAAAAACUGUCGGUGUUAUUAACAUGUGGCAUUGCUAUCUCAGCCCAGCUGUUUUCUUCCUCUUUUGCUGGGACUAUGACCAGGGUUUACUGCUGUUGUCCUUAGCAGAGGACCAUGGGUCUUCUUCCUCUGGUCUUGCACAGCCUUGUUGCCCUGCUUUGACUAUGAUGGGGCCCUCUCCUCUCCUUGCCUCGCCUCGACCUCUCCUCCUCCUCUCCACCUACUCUCCACCUCCUCUCCUCCACUCUUCCUCUCCUCCACUCUUCCUCUCCUCCUCUCCUCCUCCUCUCCUUUAAUUUUCUUCAUUUUCUAUCAUUUUCUUCUGGAAUAUCAUGAGUUUCUUGAUGCAUCCUGCCCUUGUGUUGUUUCAAGAAGAGCAGAUAAUCUAAGUGUCAAGGGUUGUUUUCUUCAAAAAUACUCCAUAGCAUGCAUUUUCCGGGCAGCUUUAGACUGAUGCUGAAAACUUGUGAUUUAAGAAUUUUGUGUUGUAGCAUAUCAUUUUGGUUCAUUUCUAUCUGAGUAGCACAAAAAAAGCCUGUUCAAGGUAGGUUCUGAUAGUUUUCAAGAAUUGUCUGGACUUUUUGUCAAGACCUUUGUCACCAAUUGCCAAACCUACAGCUCCAGGAAGGCCUGAUUCUUUAGCUUCAUUGUAGGAAAUAACUUCUUGACUUGGUGUGCCUCUGACUUUCAUUGGGGAGGAUUUAUGCACACUGAACCUAUGAUAAGCUUAAUUUGAGUCCUUGGAAAUAAAAAUACCUUGCCUUUACAGAUUCCGGACUGAGCACUUGUUAAUUUCUUCAUAACUGCUAGAAGAGUUCAUUCCUUAAUCCUUUAGUUGCCUCCACAGUCAUACUGAUUAUGGACAUGGCAUCAGAAAGCUGCUGAAACAAAAUAACCCUUCUGACAUUGGAACUUACGGAAGCUGUUUCAUUUUUGGAAACCUCUGCUUUAUUUCCCACUGGCAAUGCUUUCUCUUCCAGGUCUUCAGCGAGCAUCUCUGCAAGAGCUUGUGAGUGUUGUGCCCUGGAUUCCGGUCACUCAGGUCCCAAAGACUUCCAGCCUCAAGUAGCCCAGCUUUUCUCUGGGCCACUCACUCUGGUGCUUAAUCAUCUUCACAGGGGUUUUGGUUUUGAUUCUCUGUUCUAUUUCCAGAGUUGUCAACCUCUCUCGCCCUCCCGCCAGGCAGUGCUGGGAAGAGCCUGUCCCAAUCCCCUUGAUGCCUUUCCCACGGGCACCAGGCUGUGCCCUGAGGUGCCCCAAGGCCUUCUCUGCGCCAUGGCGGAACAACCCCACAGACCCUCCUUGCGUCCCCUGAACCCCUCUGCUUUGUCGACUUCCCUCCUCUCCAGGACAACAAAUGGGAUGUAGUGCCUGGAUGAGGCCUGAGGACUGCUGAGCAGAGGGGGAUCACCCUUGUGCCCUCUGGCCGGGGGAGAAAGAUAGCAGAAAGCUGUGACAGUGAGACAAGUGCUGCCUGUGACCCAGCGUGGGAGGAAGCAGGGGGGCCCAGAAGGCUGGCCAGCAGUGCUGGAGUGUGGGGAGAGCCUGCGGGACUCUGUCCUGUAGCCACCAAGGGAGGCACAAAGAGUGGGCCAUGGCGUUGCAGAAAUGCCAGAUGCAUGUGCUGGGGCUGCAGCGCUGCCAGGCCGAGCUUCAUGGGUGAGGGUAGCUCAUUGUGACGUCCCCGAGCAAUGGACUGUGACAUCCUGGAACACUGGAUUGUGACCAUGCCUCCCUCACUGCUCAUAUCUGGGUGCUGAGUCUCACCCAGCCAGUUGGUGCCCGCACUCCAGCUGAGCGACUUCGCGAGGUUCGGAGCGUUGAGCGAGGCCUUCGGUGCUGGUGCUGUGCUCAGAGAGUUGUUUGUUGCAGCUUUCAGUGCCCAAGCCCAGAGCCACCAGAGGAUUUUCCCCGACCCUGCCAGGUUCAGGCAGCCGGGGCACUCAGGAGGCGCGCUCGCAGCAGCAGAGCGUGACGCCCACUGCCGCAGCACCCGUGAGAGGGAGCAACUCGACAUCCCCAGCUCCCUGCAACCCACCGCAGCUCGUGGAGAGCAUGGCCAUGGAGAUGGACAACUUCUGUCCAGUCUGCCAGGACAGCUGGGAGGAGGCCAGCUACGUGACACCAUGCCUCCACCGGUUCUGCUACCCCUGCAUCUUGCAGUGGGCUGAAAGCAAGCCCGAGUGCCCCCUCUGCAAGAGGCGGAUCCUCUCCAUCGUGCACUCGGUGCGGGCGGACGACGACUUUGAGGAGCACGUCAUCACACCACCUGCGGUGCCGUCGGUCGCCAGCCGCCAGGCAGGAGAUCCCAGCCGUCCAGCUGCCCACAGCCGCCGUGGCCCUGCAGCAGCACAGGCAGCGCAGCCCGUGGGACUGGUGCAGGGGGCUCCUCUGCGUGGCCUCCGGCCCAGCACCUGGGCAUCCCUUUUCCGGGACCACCCAGCCCUCCUCCAGCCCCUGCUGAGCUGGGCGCGACAGGAGCUGGGGCUGAUCUUUGGGAGCCGGCGUUCGCGGGCAGGCCUAGUGGAGGAGCUCCUCGCAUCCCUCCUGGUCCUUUUUGGGCUGGACGAAGACCUACUGGUCCAGCUUUUGGCAGCCACCCUGGAAAACCAUGCAGCGACGUUUGUGCACCGGCUUAUUGACGUCGCUGUGCAAUGGUGCAGCGGGGAGGCCCGCCGCCUGCUGGGCCUGGAGGACGGCCAUGCUGCCGGUGGGCGGGAGGGCAGCCCCGUGGCUGCCCCCAGCCCCUCUGCAUCGCGAGGAGGGUCUCCCGCACCUGGCCCGGCCCCCUCCAGAAGCCCUGAGAGAACCAACAUGGACGACCUCCCCAGCACCUCAACAGCUGCCCUUAGUGGGGGUCCCAGCAGCCCACCCCUUGGCGCUGGUCCUGUCCACAGGGAGCAAGAAGAGCCCCAGGAGGAGACCGAGGAGGCUGCGGCACAUCCGUCUGCUUCCAGCUGGGACAGAGAACGCUCCCCUGGGCAGCCAAGGCGAGCCCCGAAGAGGAGGGCCGGCAGAUCCGAGGCUUCUACUCCAGCCAAGAAGAGGCCGCCCCACGGGCAGCGCUAGAGGAAUGCCCCAGGCGCUGCUGAAAGCAGGGCUGGGCCAGCAGCUGGGGCGUGCGCUGGCCCUCGAGGAUUCCCGGCCUUCUAAUUCUACUUAGCAGGGCAGUAAAACAAAAUAAAGAACUGAAGACCACAGAAAAACUGUCGGUGUUAUUAACAUGUGGCAUUGCUAUCUCAGCCCAGCUGUUUUCUUCCUCUUUUGCUGGGACUAUGACCAGGGUUUACUGCUGUUGUCCUUAGCAGAGGACCAUGGGUCUUCUUCCUCUGGUCUUGCACAGCCUUGUUGCCCUGCUUUGACUAUGAUGGGGCCCUCUCCUCUCCUCGCCUCGCCUCGACCUCUCCUCCUCCUCUCCACCUACUCUCCACCUCCUCUCCUCCACUCUUCCUCUCCUCCAC